AAACCAAUCUUAAGUACCUUCAUACAAAAACACUGUCUGAUAUGUCUUUGACUUAUGCCCUAUAGGAUUUGGACACAACUGCAGAACUUCCUGGGACAGCUCUCCCAAAGGAAAAAGUGAAAUAUCUCCUUUUCUUUCCUAUUCCGUCCAUUCCUUUUGUUUUGAAAGUAUCCGUAUGGCUUUCUGUGGGUUUAACGGUGGUGUAACCUGGAAUGCAUCCAGCCCGUUGAACUGGGGGUCAGAGCCAUACAAUGAGACGUGGAUCUGUUCUCCUUCACAAUUAAAGCCAGUCCAGGCCAUUUACAUCCAAAUAUGCUGUAUGCAGGCCUUGUUUACACAACAGUAUCUCUCUCUCUCUUCCUCUCUCUCACCCUUUCCCCUUAGCCGUAACUCCUCCUCCAAACCAUCAUUCUAACAACUAUACAUUCUUCCUCCCCUUCCACUCUUACUCUGAAUGACUUAGUCACUGCAUGCUGAGGCUUCCCGUUGCCUGUGGGGAUUUUGGGGAAUUUGUGAUGACAGCACCUCUCCCUCUGCGGAGGAGUUGCCUUGAAUUUCCAAGGAGAAGAGGCAAAGGAGACGCUCGCGAAGGCUGAGCGCGUCGACACAUGCACGUUUCUUGGUUUUAAUGGGACCUUAGACACUUUGCACUCUCCUCAUCAUGACUGUGACGACCGUUGGACUUCCCAGCACGUUCUGAAGUACUCUAAGGAUGGUUGGCACAAAGUGCUAAUUAGCACAGAGGAACCAGUUCAGUCCAAAUGGUGGAACAUGAAGAACAUGGCAGUUUCUGGCAUCGUACAAAAACUCUUCUAGAUAUUCCUUAUGGCUAGUUUCAAGCUGUAGAUUGAAACAUGGACAAUCUACCCAUGAUGACUUUAGAGGGACAGAGGUCAUCAGCUUUGCAAAAGGCCCCCAAAAUGACAUUCUCAUUAGAGCUUUCAAUGGCAGAUUCAACCAUGGAUAGAAACCUGACCUUAAAAGGUACUUCUGAUUCACUAUCAUCUGUUAUAGAUGAGCCUUUAAAAGACCAAUCACAACUUGAGCUGAAGAAUAAAAGUUCAUUAGAGAAGAUCAAUCAAACUGUACCAGUGCUCGACAGCAAAGAUGAACCUUGUCUUCAAAUCUCGAAUCGCCUCAAAAAAGAAAAGACAAUGAAGUACAUUGAAUAUCAAAUCACUUCCGCUCCAAUAUCAACCUCAAAACUUGAACUAAAUGGCGUUUAUUGUGAAACUGACCUCCAAAUGGAUGCUGAGACCGGGUUCAGCUAUUUAUCGACUCCCUCAGAUAGUCCAGUGACCAACAGCGUUGAUGUAGACUCCUCAAACACCUCAUCUACUACUAAUCGUUUCUCUAAUUUGACAGUCAGACCCAUAUCAGAACCAGCUUACUCUUUUGCAUCCUCUCCAGUAGGACCGUCCCAUCUUGAGCACCCUUACUCAGCUCCUUUGCCAGUAACCAAGGGAGCCGAUCUACCCCGAAUCAUCAAACACAAGCCCAGCUCCAUUACCUUUGCAGAUUACGACAGCUUUUUGGGUCUAAUCACGAACGCCCGAGCCAAUGAGAGUUCAGAUGCUUGUGAGACCUCUUCUGAAGACGAUGGUGACGAUGUGUUUCCCAAGUGCAAAGAAAUUCUCCAAAGCUCCAGACAAAACGGUGGUGGACUAGAGAAACAGAGGAAAGGAACCUGCGGACAAGUACAUGGAGAAGGAAGUUCCAGCACCAAGCUGCCACCCACUAGAAGCAGCAGCUAUGAGGCGGAGGAGGAGAGCAGCAGUACAGAGGAGUCUCCUCAGGUCCUGUCUCCCUGGUCUGAAUCUAUGACCCAGCUAAUGAAGAGAUUGGAUCAGCUCAAUCUGGACAUAGAGGAAGCUCUCAGCGCCGGCUCUUCCCCCUCCGACACACCCAACACCGCCCGGAGACACACUACUAAUGAUAGAGCAUCCCUGCAGAGUGGAGCUGCGGGGGUGAACCAGUCCCUCAACUGGAACAACAUGGCCAGAAGAACCGACACGAGGGAACGGCACAGCCAAGAAAGACUUGCGGGAGCCACUUCCUCUCUGGGGAGAUCACAUGGUAGAAAGACAGAGAUGUCCGUCAAGAAGAGGCAUGGAGAUGCAGAAAUCGAGGCAAAGGAAGCUUGUGACUGGCUACGAGCGGCAGGAUUCCCCCAGUACGCCCAGCUCUUUGAAGAUUCUCAAUUUCCGAUUGACAUCUCUCCUGUGAAGAAAGACCACGACUUCUUGGACAAAGACCUUGUGGAACCUCUGUGUCGGCGACUGAAUACAUUAAACAAGUGUGCCUCUAUGAAACUUGACGUGAACCUUCCCAAGAAAAAAAGUGAAGACUCAGAUGAAGAUGACCUCUUUGCCAUCAGUGACAAAUGGACCUUUGAAUGGAGCAGUCGCCGCUGGUCCAGGCUCCAAGACAUCAAUUGCCUGUUGAGGGGCGUGGAGAACAAGAACCCAAGGGAAAACUCUGCCUUGCGGACAACAACCAGCAGAGAGAGUGUUCUGACAGACUUGAGCGAGCCGGAGAUCUCUUCCCUCCACAGUGAGAGCAGCGGUGGCAGUGGUGGCGUUCGUGCACACAGCGCGGAAGACUCGGACAGCUCGCACCACACCUGCUCGGACUCUGCAGCCAUGCCUGACCACACAUCACUAGGUGUAGCCCAUCUCUCUUCAGAACUUUCGAGCUACGGUUCACUGCCUGUAAAGCAUGGCAAGCGAGGACGGACUCGUGCUAAGGAGUUCUUAAGGCACAUGGAAGCUUUGCAGUCACGGGGAGCAAUGGGUGGUGGAGGGAACAGGAGUCUUGUUAUAAGUGCCCCGGUUCUCCAACAAGAACCCCAGACUGUGAAAACUCUCCGCUGUGUGGAGAUCAUCAAUGGAGACAUGCGUCUAGCAGAGCCACCUUCCAGCAUGGGGUUGCCCUCCCAGUCUAGCAGUGAAGGGAGCAGCAGCCAGUCCAGCGGGAGUGCCGUUAGUACGCCAAACAUGAAGGAACGCAACGUUCACCGGGCUGAUCACAAGCGCAGUGGGAUGUACCUGGAGGACUUGGAUGUGUUCUCCAGUCUCAUCCAGGGUAAGCGUGUGGCUGAGCAGAACCGACGCAAUGAGUUCCGCUCCUACGAGGACCUGGUGGUGCAUAUCCCUAAAGAUCACAAGCCUGGAACCUUUCCUAAAGCUCUGUCAAUCGAGAGUCUUUCACCCUCAACGGCAACCUCCAUCAACUGGCACUCAGCAAGCAUGGACUCAGAUGUCCAGCGUCCACCUAGCAUCAAAGAACCUCGACCCGUCACACAGUGCUGCACCCGAGGCAGUCGGAUCAGCAUUUACGACAAUGUACCCGGCUCGCACCUCUAUGCCAGCACCGGCGACCUCAUAGACUUGGAAAAGGAAGACCUUUUCCCACAUUUGGAUGAUAUUCUGCAGCAUGUUAAUGGGCUGCAACAGAUCGUGGACCACUGGUCCAAGAAUGUACUACCCAAUAGUGAAAACGCGGGGAAGGACCGAGUUAAUCUUGUUGACGAAAGUCAAGGCAACCUGCAAUCAUCCAGUCAGAUCACAUUGGAUUUUGAGGGACACUCAGUGAUGGAGGAUCAGGCAACCCCCAGUGAUGUAGAUAGGGAUGGGGUGUCACUUAAUGAAACCGAUUCAACAGGAAUGAGGGAAAGGAGAGACUCCGGUGUUGGGGCUUCACUUACCAGACCAAGACGCUUGCGAUGGCCCAGCUUCCAGAUUUCCAACCGCCUCAGCCAUUCGGUCGCCUCUCUCCAGAUCACCAGCCAAUCUGCGGCCCAGCUUAGCCUGCUACAGAAAUUUUCCUUGCUCCGACUCACUGCCAUUAUGGAGAAGUACUCCAUGUCCAACAAACAUGGCUGGACCUGGUCUGUGCCAAAGUUUAUGAAGAGGAUGAAGGUUCCAGACUAUAAGGAUAAGAAUGUUUUUGGGGUUCCACUGAUUGUGCAUGUGCAACGCUUCGGUCAGCCUUUACCUCUUGGUAUCCAGCAGGCUUUGCGCUACCUCAGGAGCCAAUGCCUCGAUCAGGUGGGUCUGUUUCGCAAGUCAGGAGUGAAGUCUCGUAUCCAAGCUCUCAGACAGAUGAAUGAGAAUUCUCCAGAUGAUGUCAACUAUGAAGACCAGUCUGCGUACGAUGUGGCCGACAUGGUCAAACAGUUCUUCAGGGAUCUGCCUGAGCCACUUCUGACCAGCAAACUGGGUGAAACCUUCCUUCAUAUUUACCAAUAUGUGCCCAAAGAGCAGCGCUUACAGGCUGUGCAGGCAGCCAUCAUGCUGAUGUCAGAUGAAAACAGAGAGGUACUGCAAACACUGCUCUGCUUCCUGAGCGAUGUCACUUCCUCCGUGCAGGAGAAUCAAAUGACACCCAUGAAUAUCGCAGUGUGUCUGGCACCUUCGCUUUUUCAUCUCAACAUCCUGAAGAAGGACAAUCUUGCACCAAAAGCUAUGCAGAUGCAGAAAAAGUAUGCUACAGGGAGACCAGACCAAAAGGACCUGAAUGAAAACCUGGCUGCCACUCAGGGCCUGGCACACAUGAUCACAGAGUGCAACCGCUUGUUUGAGAUUCCACAUGAAAUGGUGACACAAUCACGAAACUCCUACGUGGAGGCCGAGCUUCAGGCUCCCACGAUUGAGGAGCUCUGUAAGCGGCAACAUCAAGAGGAAGAGGGGGAAGAUGAAGGCUCUUGGCCUGCAUUCAUGGAGGCCAGGCUACAGGGUCUCCUCAAAGAAUCACGGGAAAAGGCCAAAGGUUGGGUGUCCUGCCAGAGCACCGGCAACACAGAGCUGUCCUAUAAGAAGGUGGGUGAUGGGAACCCUUUGCGGCGUUGGCGGGUCUCGGUGGAGGUGGAAGCCCCUCCGUCGGUGGUUCUAAACCGUGUUCUUCGGGAACGCCACCUGUGGGACGUGGAUCUGAUGAAUUGGAAAGUGUGUGAGGUUCUGGACAGGCAGACAGAAGUGUUCCAGUAUGUCCUCAACUGUAUGCCUCCUCAUCCCAGCAGAGACUUUGUAGUGCUCAGGUCGUGGAGGACGGAUCUGCCACGGGGGACGAGUUCUCUGGUGUCUGUGUCUAUUGAACAUGAGGACUGUCCGCCUAUAGGGGGCAUCAGAGCUAUAGUGAUGGAAUCCAAUUACUUACUGGAGCCCUGUGGCUCUGGCAAGUCCAGACUCACCCACAUCUGUAGAGUGGACCUGAAGGGGAGAACUCCCGAAUGGUAUAACAAAUCAUUCGGACACCUUUGCGCCGCGGAAGCUGCUCGUAUUCGCAAUUCCUUCCAACCAAUCCACACAGAGGGUCCAGAAACAAAAAUUUGAGCCCUGGUAUUAUUCUGGAAACUGAAAUCUCAGUUCUGUGACUCUAUGAACCCUGAUCAAUUUCUGCCCUUUUGCACAAUGAGCAGAGUUGCCUGGUCUGUGUAAUAAACCCAAAUGGGAAUAUCGUCAACUUACCAAUGUACCUUUAGCUUGUCCAUUUUUAAUAUUAUCUUAUUGUAACUAUUGUUAUUUGUAUUAUAAUUAAUUAUUUUAUUCUUUCAUAUGAUCUUAUACAAUGUAUAGGACACCUAAGCUCUUAAGUGCUUCUGGGAAGCAUAUAUUUUAUUUAAUUAAAAAAGAAAGCUAUAUUUGCACAUGCAUGCACCGCAUGUCCAUGUAUGUGCUUGUUGUAUUUGUGUGUAUGUGUGUAUCUACACACACAUCUUGUAUAGACUAUAUAAAUAUAUAUUUAAAUGCUCAUGUAGAACAAAUAUUAUGUAUACAUGUGGAUAUCUCCUUUUGCACAGAUAUCAGUUUUAAUUCAUAUGGUACAAAAUGUUACUCAGUUGUAAGCUGAGUUACUUUGCUUUCUCUGUUUCUAUUUUAAUGUUUGUCCAUGAAUGGGUGUAAUAUUAUGGAAUUUGUACUUGCUUGUUUUAAAAGAUGUACAAAAUGACUUGGGUUUGAUUUUCUCAGACCUGCUUUUGUAGUACUGGAUUACAUUAAUGACAAAGAGACAAUGAUUUUUAAUUAAACGAUGUAAAUGAA